AUUUUUCUUACAUUUAUAUCUGAGAAAUCUUAAGUUUGCUUUUAUUUGUUUUUCCUGAACAUUUAUUACAAUAAUUUUUUAUAUUUAUCAAAUUUUAAGUUAUUUUAUGUACUUUUUGUUUAAAUGGAAGAUUCUGUUAUUAUCGAAGAUGUCAUUGAACAGCCAAGCACAGCGGACUGCUCGGUUGACCCUCCUGCACCGCCUGCGCAACCUGCACCACCUGCAUCAGCUCCACCACCUGCAUCAUCUUCGCUCCCGGACUUGCAGAUGUCGUCGGCUCACAUUCAACUGAGCGCCGAAUCGUCUGACGAGCCCACUCUGGAGGUGCUUUGGAAUCCGUCAACGCUGAUCGACCUGGAGUCCGAAGAGUACGAAUUGAUUAGACUGCAGUCGAGCACCGAACUAAAGCCGAACGGAUGCAAUAGCUCGAAAAGCUUUACUGCAGAGAUGUUGGAGCUGCAUGAACUCAUCAACGAGCAAUUUCCAUUAUCAGAGACGUCGGAGGAUAAGGUAGUAAGCCUUGAAAGUAGUUCGGAUAGUAGGAUGACAAAGACUUUCAUCAACCAAAUGGACAUCAAGUCAACCUUCCAGCCGUGCUCUAGCGAGGAUUCGGGCCCAGACUCGGGAAUAACAUAUAAUUCGCAAGCGAAUAGUUACAUCUUUUUCAUCUGCUUUCUAUUCUGUUCACUAUUCUUCUCAUCUCAUACAAAUCCUAUUCUUCUCUGUCUACUGUUCUCAUCUCUCGUAUCCUUCCUGAUCCCACUUAGUCGCGUUAACUCCGAAGAGAGGCUGCCCCUAAGGGCAUCUCAUCUAAAUGAGAAUUUCAGACUAAUUCCUUUGAUUGAUAUGAGCGAUGACAUACAUUAUGACAGGAAGGAGCCCGAGCGGCCUUGUUAUAAAGAUCAGUUGGAGCCAAUACUGAAGGCUGGCCUUAAAUGGGAUGUUAAGGUGUUUGUGGGGAUAUAUAAGUUCUAUUGCUUUCAGUGCGUGCUGGAAGUCUAUUCCCCCUACUUUCGACGCCCAAAAUUGGAAGAUGUGGUGCAAUUGCCAUCACAUAAGGUCACGCCGCGGGCCUUUCACACCAUCUACUAUUGGAUGCUGCACGAAAAGUUGCAGCCUCAUAAACGCUACAGCAAUCGCUACUUGCUGGAAAUCUAUAGUUCGGCCAAAUAUUUAGGCAUCCCGGAGAUAAUCGAAGCCGUCUGGAAUAACCUGGACAUUAUUAAGAAUGAGAACGAGGCCUUCACCCUGAUGCCCGACCUGAACUACAUGGAUUUGACGAACUUUGAGUUUCUCUGCUACGCACGCAUCAGUCGCUUCUUUCUGACGCUUGUCGCAUCGCACGAGUUCAUCGAAAUGGAACUCUACAAUGUCAAGCGACUCCUUUCCAAUCACAAUGCUGGCGUCAACAGUGAGAUUGAGAUCUUCUAUUCGGCCGUGCGUUGGGUCAGCUAUGAUUGGCCCGAUCGGGUUGACCAUGUGCCUGACCUAAUGAAGUGCGUUCGUUUUAAUCAUCUCUCGCCCAUAUUCUUACGUUUCCUGCAAAAGCAGCACAACACACGUGUAAUGCAGUACAUAGCCAAUUUACCAUAUGUGCAGGACCAGAUCAACAAAGCCUUUAUCUACGCCUCCGCUGAGCUCUUCUGCAAGGAUCCCCAGCAGACGUUGCCAUUUCCGGUGCCCGAGUACGAAGUGCCGGAGCAGCGCCGUUGGAUCUAUGACGAAAAGUGCUCCUAUCAUCAUGACCUCAAGUGUAGCCAACGUCAGUUCAUUACCUAUCAACAGUUCCUCAGCUAUCUGGAGAGUCUGCACGAAACAGGACCUGAUUACUGGCGCAACCUAGUCUAUAUAACCGAGCCCAUCAAGUGCUGCACACGGCUCAUGCCUGAAUAGACACACACACACGCACAAGCACUGGUCUUUAUAAAUAUUUAUGUAUGUAUACAGUUACACACCUCCACUGUGUGUGGCUGGCCAGGCGGAAGUAUGCCGCAGUAUUUGGCCAGCCAAGUCUUUCCAGUUGGAUUUCAUCGGUUUUUAAUAAGACAGCUAAAUGCGA